GUGACGAGCUUCCGGCCGCCGCGCUUCGGGCGCCUGGCGGACCCGAACGCGGACGCGCGGGCGAGUGGUGUGGCCCCGGGCCUAGCGUCUGACCGUUCCCCGGGCGGCCGUGUCUGCGGAGGCUCCUUUUCAGCGUGCUCGGGCUUACGGUGGCGUCGGCCCCCGGCCGGGAGCGGCUCGCUGGACCGCAGCUCUUGGGAAACGCGCCGUUGGGCCGCCCAGCCGGCGACGUUCCCCGCGGCUUGUGGAGUAAGACUGUUCCAGGUUGUUGGGAAAAUAGACGACACGCUUGCCUUGCUCAACCUGGCCUGCAUGAUGACCAUCACCUUCCUACCAUUCACCUUUUCCUUAAUGGUGACCUUCCCCGAGGUGCCUCUGGGCAUCUUCUUGUUCUGUAUGUGCGUGAUCGCCAUUGGGGCUGUGCAGGCGCUGGUUGUCGUGUAUGCCUUCCACUUCCCGCACCUCCUGCACCCCCAGAUAGAGCGCUCCGCCCACAGGGCCCUCUACCGGCAGCACAUCCUGGGCAUCGUCCUCAGGGGCCCGGCGCUGUGCUUCGUGGCUGCCGGCUUCUCCCUGUUCUUCUACCCUUUGUCGUACCUGCUGAUGGCGAUGGUCAUCUCCCUCCCCUACGUCAGCAAGGCCUCCAGCUGGUGCAAGGGCAGGCUUGUGGGCCCCCAAGAGCCCCCAGCUCACAGCGUGGAAUUCUUCACUUUUGACCUGCAUGAACCUCUCAGCAAGGAGCGGGUGGAGGCCUUCAGCGACGGGGUCUAUGCCAUUGUCGCCACACUCCUCAUUCUGGACAUCUGUGAGGACAACGUUCCGGACUCCAAGGACGUCAAGGAGAAGUUCCACGGCAGCCUGGUGGCAGCGCUGAGCGAGUACGGGCCGCACUUCCUGGCCUACUUCGGCUCCUUCGCCACCGUGGGCCUGCUUUGGUUUGCCCACCACUCGCUCUUCCUGCACAUCCGCAAGGCCACACAGUCCAUGGGGCUGCUCAACACGCUCUCGCUAGCCUUCGUGGGCGGCCUCCCACUGGCCUACCAGCAGACCUCAGCCUUCGCCCAGCAGCCCCAGCGGGAGCUCGAGAGCGUGCGCGUCAGCUGUGCCAUCAUCUUCUUUGCCAGCAUCUUCCAGUUUGCCAUCUGGACCACGGCCCUGCUGCACGAGGGGGAGACGCUGCAGCCCUCGGCACGCUUCGGGGGCCGUGAGCACGCGUUCAUGUUUGCCAAGCUCGCGCUGUACCCCUGCGUCAGCCUGCUGGCCUUCGCUUCCACCUGCUUCCUGAGCCGGUUCAGCGCGGCCAUCUUCCACCUCACCCAGAUUGCUGUGCCCUUCGCCUUCCUGCUGCUCCGUCUCCUCGUACGCCUGGCCCUGGCCCCACUGCAUGCCCUGCAGGGCCUCAGCCUGCCAGCACACCGGAGCGAGGGGAGCGAGGACGACGCACGGGCCCCGCUCCUGCCUUCUGCCUACUAGCUCCGGGUGCCUGCCCGCCCCGGCCCGCCCUGGCCCGUUUGGUUCUUAUUUCCAUCGCCCUGCUCUAGAGCCCUCGGGAGGGUUUCUGCUUCUGCAGACAGCAUGACAGGAGCUUGGCGUCUGCGUGUCCAUCUCUGUCCUGGGCCCACAUUCUCUAUCUUCGUGAAGCCGAGCCGCGCGGGUGCUCGAGCUCCCGCUGGGAGCCCACGGCGUCAACCCUGGGCGGGGCAUGGGUCCCCAGGCACAGAGAAGAUGGCAGGCCAGCAGUGCCCACACUGUAUUUGUCCUGGACAUGAAUUAGGCUUACAUUCAGGUAGUGACAAGGUACACGAGGGCCUGGGUGCCGAGCCCACACUGCCCCUCUGGGCACACAGACUCACUUAAAUACAGAAGGACAGGCAGCUACAGGCCAGAACCGGCGCCAAGGCCUGCGAAGCAAACACUAACUGCACCACCGGGGACAUCACGGCGGACACACGCUUGUGUGCUGGAGGCACAGGGUAGGAAUGUCCCGUCACAAAUGGCCACAGCAGUGCGUUUGUGCAGUUUGGGCAGAAGCUUGGGGGACACGGGGCUGGCAGGGUGGAGCCCAGCCAGACGGUGCCAAAAGCAAAGAGCCAGGACAAGUAGAGAGACGUGGUUCCUGGGCCUCUCGCUGGGGGACUCCGGAGAUGCACCAGACUGACCUGGGGCCUGUCUGAGCUCAGGGUAGUGGGGGCCCGGGUGUCUGGUCAGCCCGACAGGUGCUGGGAACGGGCAUGCUGAUUGUUGACAAACAGGUGAUUAAAGCUGGCUCCUCCCCACGUCA